CGCGAAUCCAAGUGUUUCCGAGGACGGAGACAUCAACGGCUCAGCCCCGAGAAGAAAAUCGCGCGGUUUCUAUCUCAGCUUUCUAGCGCUGAUGGCCACCACGUUUCUUAGCGCGUUGGAUCUGACUGCCGUGGGGACAGCGCUUCCGACCAUCGCAGCAGCUUUGGACGAUAGCAGAGGCCUGGCAACUUGGAUUGGCUCGGGGUACGCCUUGAGUAGUACUGCAUUCAUUCCUCUCAGUGGUAGUAUGUCCGAUGCUUUUGGGAGACGGCCUGUAUUGUUGGCUGCCUUUGUGUUCUUCGCGGCAGGAAGUGCAGUCGCUGGCGCCUCUCAAAGCAUGUCGAUGAUUAUAACGGGCCGGAGUGUGUGAUACUUCAAAGAUUAACUUUGUCUCUUGUGUGCUGACUAUGCCAGCCAUACAAGGUAACCUUCUGGGCAUCUUUUCUGGCAAGUCUUCACGGAUUGGACAACUCAUCUCAUAUAGGCAUUGGGGGUGGAGCAAUAAUCAAUCUCACAGAGGUUUUAAUAACAGAUCUUGUGCCAUUGGCAGAAAGAGGGCUUUACCAGGGCAUGCUAGGCCUGGUUUGGUGUCUUGCAUCUGUCUGUGUUGGUUUUCCUUCUCAUCAGAUUAUGUCUCAUAUCUCUAUGUCUUCUCAUAGUCUAUUGGCCCACCAGUAGUAGGCACAUCUGGUUUUUGCAAGUUCUUUUGUCUGAUGAUCGUUUAAGGGUGGUCUGCUUGCCAAUAGUGGACACAACUCCUGGCGUUGGCUCUUCUGUGGGUUCCUUUUGAACCAUAUUUGGUGAUCAUAACAUAUUCUAGACCUGAACCUGCCCUUGACCAGCAUUGCUUUUCUGCUGGUUAUGUUCUUUCUUAGGGUAAAGACCCCAUUGGGAACAGUCAGGACAAAGCUUGUCAGGGUGGACUGGAUGUGGGUCUUUUCUCAACUUCAAGUCUGCAUUCAAUACAGUUCUCUAGUGGAAAUGCAAUGGCUGUUUUAGGAUCAGGUCUUGUGAUCAUUGCUCUUACCUGGGGUGGAGUCUCAUACUCCUGGGCCUCUACACCUGUGCUUAUCACUUUGAUUUCUGGCCUCCUACUUCUGCUUGCAUUUGGAUUCUAUGAAGCCUCAAUCCCAUCACAAUCCACCAUUCCACUAGAUGUGAUUGCCAAUCAAACCUCACUCAGCAGUCUUUUUGCCAUUGCAGCUCAUGCAAUUGCCAGCAUAUCCAUGAUCUACUAUUUGCCUGUGUACUUUCAAGCAUGUUUUGGUGCUUCACCACUACAAUCAGCCUUGGACUUUCUCCCUGGUGCUACCAUCACUGCCCCAUUUGGACUGCUUGCUGGAAUGCUCAUCACAGCAACCAAGCAGUACCGGAAAGUCAACUGGAUUGGAUGGCUGAUCAUGAUUGUUGCAUUUGGUUUGAGCAGCAGUCUGAAAGCCACAGCAUCAGUUGGACAAUGGGUGGGGUUCCAACUUCUUGCUGGAAUUGGUAUUGGAAUUGUUUCUUGUGCUCCAGUCUUCCCACUCCUUGCACCACUUCAUCCAAGUAGAGCUGCCUCUGCACUAGCACUGUUCUGCUUCACACGGUCAUUUUUCCAGACAUGGGGCAUUGCCAUCUCAGGGACUAUACUUCAGAAUCAGCUGAAAAAUAAUCUCCCAGCCACUUUUGUGGCAAGAUUCCCUCCCCACUUCCAUGUGGCCUUUGCUGUGAUCCCAGCAAUCAACCAACUUGACCAGCCAUUGAAGUCUCAAGUACAAGCAGACUUUGCAUCAAGCAUGGCAGUUAUCUGGCAGGUUAUGACUGGAACUUUCCCGAAAGAUCUCCAGCAGCACCUCGCAGCACGGAUUCCCGCUCACCUCAAUAUCAGGAUCCAAUCCAGUCUAUACCCUACGUACAAGAGCCGCAAGCCCAUAGCCUUCGCGACGCAGAACUUUCUGUCAUGGCUGGAGACCCAGCCCCCCGGGCCAGUCAUCCUGCUAGCACACUCGAUGGGCGGACUGCUAGCGGCCGACGCUGCGACAACCCUCUCGAACACGCCCGACGUGCGGACGCGGCGGAUCCUCGGCGUAGUGAACUUCGAUGUCCCGUUCUUGGGGAUGCACCCGCACGUCGUCGUCAGCGGUAUCGCGUCGCUCUUCCCAGACAAGGAGGAAGGACCUAGCGAGGCGGAGAUGAACAAGCACAAGGACGUGAAGAUCGUGGAUCGCAAAGUGACGGAGGAUUGGGAGCAGUCUGUGGCGACGAUUGAUGCUAAGCACAAGGCGUCUUCGUCCUCGUCAUCCCCUCCGCACGCUGUCCCCAACGGCCCAUCCAAGUUCGUCUCCAAGACGGUGAACCUGCUAGCCGGCGCAAACAACUCCACUCUCGGCCGCUGGGUACGCAAGCACGCUGAUGCCCCAUUCAGCGCCGGCAUGCGCUUCGUGACAGAAUACUUCCAGUUCGGCAUCUGCAUGUUCGACCCCGUUGGACUGAAAACACGCUAUGCGCGGCUUGUGGGCUGGCCGGGCGGGAUGUGGGUCAACUACUGGACGGAGGUGCCGAAAAACCACGCGAAGAAGGAUGCGCUGGAGGAGGAUUCGGAUGCGAGGGCGGAGCUUGAGCUCGUGCAGAAUGCGAUGAACGGCCACGCGUCGACGGACACGCUCGCCCCGAUGUCUCCCUCGUUAUCGCCGUCUGCCUCGGGCAGGACGUCGAGGAGCCCUACACCGACAGCGUCCUCCACUUCGCUGACCUCUGCCACCCCUCCUCUGACGCCUGAGAAGCCACGGAAGCCCAAGCACCACCAUUUCAUCGUGCUCCCCGCCGGCGUAGUCGGGCUGCUCGGCGGUAGUGAGAAAUGGGAGAAGGUGCCGAUCGGAGGGGUCUCGGAUGAGGUCGCGGGCCACUGCGGACUCUUCAUCCGGGGACAGAAUCUUGACUACGAUGGACUCGUGCAGCGUGUCGGGGCACGUAUAUUAGACUGGUGCGAGGUGCUUAGAUGACGACUAGCGCGUCGGCCCUCGCGAUGAUUCAAUACCACUUUCUUGCUUGCACUCAAUGCUUCCAAGUCAUGCAUGAGCCGGGCAGCUGCAUAGAUCGCUUGCAAUGUGUUAUGCUCGUGUUACUGAUGACCAUCGGAUGCUAAACACCGAGCGUAUCCGCAAUCCAUCACAGCGCAGAGCAUGCAUCCAGGCGCACCGCAUCUGAUCAGGCCGGAGUACAACUGCGUUGUUAUACCAGGCCGAGUAUGCCCGUAGUCAGACCAGGGGUAUUUAAUGUCGCAGAUACGAAAGAGAGUGCAUUCUCCUAUUCUCUUUUAUGGACUCUUUCCACAGCCUCGAACUGAUUCCGACGACCGCCGAUGUUACCCUGGAGGGACCUGCGGCCGUGCCAGCCGACGCUGACCAGAGCUCAAACGGCAGCGAAUACUGCGUCAUCGCGUGAAAAGCGAACUGCAUGUUGACUGAGUAACUCUAUGACUGUAUUGUCUACACCUGUCGUUUCAUAUCGCCCAGACUAUCACCUUGUAUAGAAAGAGAGUCUGUCCGUUACGGGCAUUCUUUUCGAUAGAAAUGCCCACGUGAGUCAACACAAAGGUCAUGCUGUGUGUCGGAUGGUUACCAGUAAAGAAUGCUGGGAAUAUCGACCCUUCAUGCCUGCAAUUUGUUUUUGAUGCCCACAUGCCGAGAUGAUACUGG